GCUCCGAUGACGUUUGGUGGCACAUCGCGACUCGCGACGACACGUUGCGCAUCCGCGUGAUGUAUUCGCGUCUCUCGAGGUCUUCGUCGAACAUGCGCAUGUUCAUGCAAUGUCCAUGUCAAGCGUAGUGCGAGGGGAAUAAUAUUUUGGCUUUCGGGGGCCUAAAAUUAGCCGAAAAAUGCAUAAGUUAAAAUUUUCACAAAGGGACAAAGUGAAAAAAUUUAUAACGUUUACACAAACUGGAGAACAAACUGCGAUAUAUUGUUUAGCCCAAAAUGAUUGGAAACUGGAUCUCGCUAGUGAUAAUUACUUCCAAAAUCCAGAAGCUUAUUAUAAAGAACCGAAAAAUUCUGUUGACAAAAAGAAAUUGGAAAUAUUGUAUAGCAAAUACCAAGAUCCAAGUGAACCUAAUAAAAUUACCGCGGAUGGUAUCAUGAAAUUUCUUGACGACUUGAAUCUAAGUCCUGAGAGUAAAUUAGUUCUAAUCAUUGCGUGGAAAUUUCGUGCUGAAACACAAUGUGAAUUCACUAAAGAAGAGUUUAUGAAUGGAAUGGUGGACUUAGGUGUGGAUAGUAUAGAUAAGCUAAAAGCGCGAUUAGGUAGUUUAGAAAAUGAUUUAAGGGAUCCUCUAAAAUUCAAGGAUUUUUAUCAUUUUACAUUUAAUUAUGCGAAAAAUGCGGGACAGAAAGGCUUAGAUUUGGAUAUGGCAAUUGCGUAUUGGAACAUUGUAUUAGACGAUAAAUUUAAAUUUCUUCAAUUAUGGUGUCAAUUCUUACAGGAACAUCACAAAAGAUCAAUUCCAAAAGACACAUGGAAUUUAUUAUUAGACUUUGCACUUAUGAUCAAUUCGGACAUGAGUAAUUAUGAUGAAGAAGGUGCUUGGCCUGUGUUAAUCGAUGAUUUUGUAGAAUGGGCACAACCUCGAGUUCGUCAGUCUCUCUAA